AUGCUUCAUCGUCACUUUGACAAGUGGCAUCACUCCACCUCUCAUGAAAAAACUACAUCUCAUGAAUCAUCUCCAAAGGGUGGCACUGGGAAUACCAUCUCUACUCAAUCAUUGAACACUUCCAAUCUCUCUCUCGAAGACUACAUUUCUCUCUACAAAUUCCGAAUUGAGGCAAUUUUUGAUCAUGAGCAAGCGAGAGAAGCCUUUCGACACCAUCUACAACAAUCACUCAAUGAAGAGCCUUUUCUAUUCUAUGAGGCCGUCGAAAAGUAUCAAAAAACUCGACUCGAAAAGAAUCGAGCAAAUAUGGCCAAUGAGAUUAUGAGUAAUUUCAUUCAAGUGAAUUCGAAAUAUGAAUUGAAUUUAUCCAUGACGAUACGAAAUGAAAUUAUGAAAAAUUGGAAACAAAUUUCAGAAAAGAAUGAUCUGCGUGCAUUCGAUGAUUUCAUUUCAUGUCCAACAGAUUUAUUUAAUAAGGCACAAGAUGUCAUUUUCACUGAACUCAGAGAUGACAAUUUUCCUCGUUUCAUUCACUCUGAAAAUUUCAAAAAAUUCAUCAAGAAGGAAAUGAAAAAAUUGAAAUGCAAUGAUCCAAAACAAGUAUUGGAUCAAUUGGGAACCAUGAGAGUGGUGACUAACUCGUCGACGAGUAGUGGUCACUCAGUUGAACAUGAGCACGGAUCUUCCUCGUCACACUCUCUUCAUGAUUCGUCUUCGAACCUAUCCGAUAAAAGCAAUGGUGGUAGUAGCAGUCAGGACGAUGGUGAUGCCGAGGUUGAAACAGCCGAUGAUGUUGAAAUUCAAUUGAAAGAAACAAAAAUUACUGAUCGUCCUCUCGUUGACAAUACCUCUCUCUAUGUCAAUUCCAAAGAUUAUGCCAUGGUGAAAGAAUUAAUAAGCUCUCUUUCUGAUUCUUCGAGAUGGAAAACUAUUGAAGAAAAAUUUGGAAUGAAAACACUAAGCAGUUCCAAUAAUUUUUAUUUGAAUCCGACCGAUGGAGCAUUGCCUGUUGUGUGUUGUUCUGGAUUGGCGUCAGGAAAACAUACUGAAUUUUUCGAAAUGAUUCUUUCAAAAUCGAUGGAGGAGAUGAUUUCAAAAGUGUGUAAGAGAAGAGUACAAUUGGAUCACAUCGAAUAUGAUCCUGAAAGUAAUAUUGAUUACUCGAAUACAAUUGUCUAUUUGGAACUUGACUCGCCCUUUCCAUUUUCAAAACGAGAAGCAGUGGUGGCUAGGACGAUCAUUCCAGAUUUGUAUAAUAAGGAAACAGAUUCCUUUGAUCGAUUAAUAUUUAUUCAAAAACCUUCAGUCCAUGAGGAAGCUGUGAUCAUGAAAGAUGUGGUUCGAGUUUUCAUUUAUUCUGUUUUUGUGGUGGAUAGAAAAACAAAUGACACGCUGAAGUAUUAUUCGUUUGAUUGGAUUGAUUUGAAAGGCAAAGUACCAAAGAAGCUAGUUGAAAAAUUGGCCAGAUUAGGAGCAUCUGUUUUACACAAAAUGAUGCACGCCAUAGUUAAAAAAGAAACUUCUAAGGAUAAAGAUGAACGAUUGAUCGUGUCUGCAGAAGGUGCUUUGGAGGUAAUGCAUGAGAAUAUUAAGUUUCUUAAAGAAAAAUUCAAGUCUCAGUAA